AUGACUGAUCAAGUGGAAGCUCCCGUUGCGGCGUCUGCUGCCCCGGCCAAGGCACCAAAAGCCAAGACCCCGAAGGCAACCAAGCCGAAGGCACCGAAAGCCCCUGCUGCUGUAGGACGGAAGUUCCUCUACCACAGGCGACGCCGAGCUGCAGUCCUCAAGUACAUCAUGGCCAACUACAAGGUUGACUCCAAUGACAAGAAGGUGAAUACCCGUGUGAAGCUGGCUCUGAAGAAGGGCGUGACCGAUGGAUCCCUGAAGCAGGCCAAGGGAACUGGAGCUGCUGGGUCGUUCAAGUUGGCUGAGAAGCCCAAGGCAACCAAGCCGAAGGUUGUCAAAGCAGAGAAGCCCAAGAAGGUGAAGACCCCAAAGAAGGCUGCAGUGAAGAAGGUGACGAAGGCAGUGUCAGCAAAGAAGCCAAAGGCAGCCAAACCCGCCGUGGCAAAGAAGGCCAAGUCCCCAGCAAAGGCAAAACCCGCCGCAGCAAAGAAGCCGAAGGCAGCUAAGAAACCCGCCUCAGCCAAGAAGCCCAAGGCAGCACCAAAAAAGAAGGCAUCACCCAAGAAGGCUGCGGCAAAGAAGUGA